GGUCCUCUCAAUGCAGGGUAACAAUGUGUCCUCUUAACGUUUAGACUUUUUCUGUGUUUCAGAGUUGGGCUGAUUUUAUUGGCUCUGUACCGACCUAUUGCUUAGGGACAUUAUGUUCUCAUGAAUUACAUUUGAAUGACGUUUGAGUUAAAACUCAGUCAUUUUAGAGUUGUGGUUUGAAGAGGAUUCCUCCUACACAUCAAACACACCCACGUGCAUGUCACAGUCUAAAUGGAUCCACAGUGCCACCUAAUAAUGUAGCAGAGAGAGAGAGGUAGGCUGCCAGGUCAACUCUGUUAUUUCAGAACGUCGGAGGAGGAGGAGAGAAGUGGGUGAUGAAAGAAGAUAGAGAGCUGAGAUGACAGCUGGCUGAUGGAGGGAGAGAUAGAGGUCUGGAGGCCACGUGUGAGGGAGAAACAUCAGAUGCUGCAACAAGCUAAACCCAGACAGACAGAACAAGACACAACAGAGUAUGGCAGAAACCCCAGCAGAGCCUCAGAUUGACUGUGAGCUGCAGCCCCCAUCUAAUACCCUUUCUGAGCCUCAGCUCCAGUCCCAACUACACCCUCUCUCUGAGCCCCAGCCCCUACCCCAGCCUGAUACCAUUCCCCAGCCUGAUACCCUUCCCCAGCCUGAUACCCUACCCCAGCCUCAGCCCCUACCCCAGCCUGAUACCAUUCCCCAGCCUGAUACCCUUCCCCAGCCUGAUACCCUACCCCAGCCUCAGACCCUACCCCAGCCUGAUACCCUUCCCCAGCCUUGGCCUCAGCCCCUACCCCAGCCGGAUAGCCUUCCUGAGCCCCAGCCACUACCCCAGCCUGAUACCCUUCCCCAGCCUUGUCCCCAUCCCCUACCCCAGCCUCAGCCGGAUAGCCUUUCUGAGCCCCAGCUCCUACCCCAGCCUGAUACCCUUCCCCAGCCUUGGCCCCAGCCCCUACCCCAGCCUGAUACCCUUCCCCAGCCUGAUACCCUACCCCAGCCCCAGCUCCUACCCCAGCCUGAUACCCUUCCCCAGCCUUGGCCCCAGCCCCUACCCCAGCCUCAGCCGGAUAGCCUUCCUGAGCCCCAGCCACUACCCCAGCCUGAUACCCUCCCUGAGCCCCAGCCCCAGUCUGAAGAGGAGGUGAAGCCCUGGGUGUGGACAUGUCACCGCGUACUCCUUCUCUUCCUCCUGGCAUCCUCCUUCUGCACCUCCAUACUGGGCCUGGCCUACUACUCCCAGCAGCACCGCCCACCAGAGAGCACACCGCCAGCCUCUCCUCCAUGUACCUCCCCGGCUUGUCAGAGGGCGACCGCCCGUCUUUCCAUCUCAGUCGACCCCUUCUCUCAGCCCUGUGACUACUUCCUGUUUCCCUGUGGGUCUGAAGGGGCGUCUCUGUCCAACAGGGGGAGACAGAGGGGCAAGGGCAUCCCCCUACACCCACAGGGCCACAAGAGCAGGGCAGCACAGGCAGAGAAAGAGAGAGAAAGAGGGAGGAAGGAGAGAGAGACAGGCACGGACAUAAUAGAAAAGGCUACAGCAGACAGAAUGCCAGACAGACAGACUGCACUACUGCUGACAAUGAGGGAGAUUUUGGAAGCUGACGACCGCUCCAGCCCGGGUAACUCAGCGAAGCAGAAGGCCUGUAUGUUCUACCGUUCCUGUAUGGACACUGGCCCCACAGAGACCGCCGGGCCAGAACCUUUCCUCAGGCUAGUCCACAAGCUGGGUGGCUGGGCUGUAUCAGGCCAGUGGAACCAGACAGAUUUCAACUCCACUCUGUCUCUACUGAUGAGAGACUAUGGUACCUUCCCAUUCUUUAGUGUUUAUGUGGGCAAGGAUCCUAACGACACUCAAGGAGACAAGCGUUACAUACAGAUUGAUCAGCCGGAUUUUCAGAUACCUACUGAAUGGAGCAGCAAGACUCAGAAGUCCAAAGCUAACACGCAGAUCCUGCGUCUGUUCCUGGCCUCGUAUCAGAGGUUGCUGUCCCUGUUGGGCUCUCCCUCCAGCAGCACCAGUCUCCAUAUCGGCCUGUUCAUCUCUCUGUCCUCUGAACUGGCUGUAGCUGCCUCUCCUCUGCCGCAUCGCCUGCAGCAGGGAUUACUGUACCAGCGCAUCACCAUCAAAGAGCUACAGGUGCGGACCCUGGCCCCUGCCAUUGAUUGGCUGAGCUGUCUACAGACCACCUUCCAUCCCCACCCUGUUAGCCAAUCGGAUCACGUCCUCCUGCACAACCUCCCUUACAUAGUCCACAUGUCCCGCAUCAUCGGCAAAUGGCUGAAUAAGCAUGAAUUGAGUGGCAGUGGCCCUCUUCACACCUUCAUGGUCCUCAGUCUCCUCCACACUGUCAUACCCGCGCUGGACUCCAGGUUCACUCAGACAGAGAGGAAUUUCUCCUUAGCUCUGGGGACUACAGAGGAGGAUGUCCCUCGCUGGAAGCAGUGCGUUCUGCAGACUGAGAAAGGGUUUGACACGGUACUAACACACCUACUGAGAGAGACCACCGCAUACACAGAGGCAGAUGAGCUGAUUCAGAAUGUCUAUUCCUCCAUCAAGUCCAAACUACCUGAUCUCAGGUGGAGAGAUGAGGAGUCUCGCAUGUCUGUUUUGAAUAAGAUUCAGUCUCUAACUCCAAGACUUUCAACUAAAAACAUUUUCAGUGAAGCUGAACUCAACCAACUGUAUUCAAAAGUGACAAUUGACGAACACAAGUAUUUCUCCAACUACAUCCAGUCUCUCUCCCUCCAGCGCCAGAGAUCAAGCAAACUCUUUUCCCAGACUGAAGGAGAUGAUAUUUGGUCCAUCACUCCAUUUCUCUCCGGCAAUGAGCUAGUCUUUCCCAUGGGGAUGUUUGUCCAGCCUCUCUUCCACCCUACCUAUCCCAGGGCCGUCAACUUCGGGGUUUUGGGGUCUCUGAUGGCCAAAGAUAUUCUCCAUCUCCUUCUACCCAACAUCCAUUCUCAGAGUAUGUCUCCCAGGUCCAUAGCAGAGUGUGUGCGGUACCAGUACCUGAGUAUGACAGAGGGACCAGGGAGAGAGGAGGCGUUCUCGCUGUCACCGGCACAGCAGCAGGAGAUGUGGGUGCAGUACUCUGCUCUGCAGAUUGCACUACAGGCUUACAAUCAGAGUUUGAAGAAGUAUCCUGGGGACUCCUCUCUCUCAGGCCUCUCUCACACUCAUCUGUUCCUUACUUCAUUCACUCAGAUCAACUGCGACUCUGACCCGUACCAUGAGUUCAUGCCCUUUGAACCUUCCUUUCUGGUUACUGUCAUCUGUGGGUACUCUGACCUCUGCCCUACGACCCUCUCCUGCCCCAACAAACCCCAGCAGCACCUCUUAGGGACAUGCUGACCUACAGAUCUACAGUAACAUCUCCUACCGAACAAAAAAUGCAGAGCCAUUGAUGAACACAGAAGACUGUGAUUUUAACGGAUCAGUGUCCCCCCCGCGGGACGGUUGAGCUAAUGUAGGCUAAUGUGAUUAGCAUGAGGUUGUAAGUCACAACAACAAAAAAUCCCAGGACAUAAACAUAUCUGAUAUGGGCAGAAAGCUUAAAUUCUUGUUAAUCUAACUGCGCUGUCCAAUUUACAGUAGCUAUUACAGUGAAAGAAUACCAUACUAUUGUUUGAGAAGAGUGCACAAUUAUAAACUUGAAAAUGUAUUAAUAAACCAAUUAGGCACAUUUGGACAGUCUUGAAACAACAUUUUGAACAGAUAUAUAAUGGUUCAUUGGAUCAGUCUAAAACUUUGCACAUACACUGCUGCCAUCUAGUGGCCAAAAUCAAAAUUGAGCCUGGGCUGGAAUAAUACAUUAUGGCCUUUCUCUUGCAUUUGAAAGAUAAUGGUACAAAAAAAGUCAUGUUUUUUUCUUUGUAUUAUCUUUUACCAGAUAUAAUGUGUUAUAUUCUCCUACAUUAAUUGAACAUUUCCACAAACUUCAAAGUGUUUCCUUUCAAAUGGUAUGAAGAAUAUGCAUAUCCUUGCUUCAGGUCCUGAGCUACAGGCAGUUAGAUUUGGGUAUGUCAUUUUAGGAAAAAAAUUGGAGAAAAAAAAAGGGUCAGAUCUUUAAGAAGGCAAUAGCACAGAACACUAAAUCCAAAUGCAACUGACAGGAUAGUUGAUUAUUCAUUAGGCAUAUCCAUCCAGUCUCUUGUGACAUCCUGUGCAUGGGAGAUUUGUUUCUGGGUUCUGAAAUAAAACUAUGCAUAUUGUCUGUGGUUUAUUUAAAACUGCAGUAUGUAACAAGCACCUUGUUAUCCAUAAGGAUACUAUUAGUUACGUUUGUAGGUUCUGGUCUGCUUACCUUUGUUAACUGUAGGGGAGAGUGUGUCUGCCAGUUUAGAUGGUGCCAAAGACACAAACAGUGUUGAAAAAGUGUGUAUGAAGUGUGUGGAUGUAAAUAAAUAGGGAAAGGGGUAUACCUAGUCAGUUUUACAACUGAAUGCAUUCAACUGAAAUGUGUCUUGCGCAUUUAACCCAAUCCCUCUGAAUCAGAGAGGUGCGGUCAUAGAUAUAAGGCUGAUAAUUCUACAAAAUAAAGUAGAUUUUUUUAUGUGAA